ACCCCCACAGUCCCAGGGUCCUCGUGGAGUUCCGGGUUGGACCUUCUGACCUGGAGCGGUCCACUCCGCAUCCUGAUCUCUGAGAGAGGUGACUCCUUGGGUGCAUUAUUAACGAGUUUGAUGGCUGAACACUGACCACUGUCUGAAGGGUCUGAAGAACCUCCCUGGGCGAGGUGGAUGGAUGUAGUGUCGUCCGUCGGACGCUGGGUUCUAUGAUGCCCCUGGACGUGAGAUGGCCGUUCCCACAGUGCCCUCCUCUGGGCUGGAGGAUCUCUGGCUCGCUGAUUAUGGGCAUGGUGGGAUCGUACUCCUACUUCUGGACAAAGUACAUGAACUACCUGACGGUCCAUAACGGAGAAGCUCUGUUAGACCUGGUGGACCAGCGGCCCGCGGGCACACCCCUGAUCACACUGUCCAAUCACCAGUCCUGUAUGGACGACCCACACAUCUGGGGCCUGCUGCGGCCAAGGCAGCUAUGGAACUUCAGGAAGAUGCGAUGGACUCCAGCAGCAUCAGACAUCUGUUUCACUAAAGAGCUCCACUCCCGAUUUUUCAGUCGUGGCAAGUGUGUUCCUGUGUGUCGAGGGGAUGGAGUUUACCAGAAGGGCAUGGAUUUCAUCCUGGAACGCCUGAAUAAAGGGGAAUGGGUGCACAUCUUCCCAGAGGGUAAGAUCAACAUGACUGAAGAGCUGAUCCGGAUCAAAUGGGGUGUGGGUCGGCUGAUAGCAGAGUGCUCCGUCAACCCCAUCAUAUUACCUCUGUGGCACGUGGGUAUGAGUGACGUUCUGCCAAAUGUGGCACCAUACAUCCCUCAGACCGGGAAGAAGAUCACAGUGCUGGUGGGGAAGGCUUUCAGUGUGGGAGACCUGCUGGAGACGCUUAGGGCAGAAAACCAGAGCCAGUUGGUGAUGAGAAAGGUCCUGACUGAUUUCAUCCAGGGGGAGUUCCACAGUCUGAAAGCCCAGGCCGAGGCGCUCCAUGGGCAAAUACAGACCAGAUCUUAGGACCCCUCCUUGAGGAGCACGCUGCACAGCCUUGGGGAGACCAGAUGAAGACCAGUGAGCACACUGAGGCUGAUGCAGGCCUCCCUCCUCAGAUCAAACACUGGUACCUGGUGCCUCUAUGGACCAUAGGCUUGGUUCACCGCCAGGCGACCAAGCCAUGCAGAACAAUUACUACUCAGGAAGUUUGGAAGUGCUAGUACCACAUUUGAUUACGACGUUUACCGCUACCUGGGACAUGCCUACCAGGUGCAAGCCUACCAGGUACAUGCAUACCAGGUACAUGCCUACCAGGUACAUGCCUACCUGGGACAUGCCUACCAGGUACAUGCCUACCAGGUGCAUGCCUACCUGGGACAUGCCUACCAGGUACAUGCCUACCUGGGACAUGCCUACCUGGGACAUGCCUACCUGGGACAUGCCUACCAGGUACAUGCCUACCAGGUACAUGCCUACCAGGUACUUGCCUACCAGGUAGCCACCUGGCCAUCUUCAAGGAGAUCUUUUAUAUAUAAACUGUAAAUUUUUUGCAAUAUGGUUCAUUUUGCAAAUCAGUUGAUAAACAAUACUUUCUGAGUAGCAGUUCUGAUGUUUUUUAUUAUUAUUAUAUAUUAUUAUAUUCAAAAUAAUUGAUUGGAAAAAAUGUACAUGAUUCAUUUUCUUCACACCAGUCAAUAUUGUAACAACUACGUGAAUUGCUUCAUUAUAAUUGCGGGAAAAGAAGAUGGUUAGUUGUGUUUAAACUUGAAGCAUGUGUAGGGUUACCUCUUGCGUCACAUGACGUUUAUUACUUGGCUGCUGUUUGCCUGCACCCUUAGUGAGAUGUAUUCAAUCACACAAGGGAAUGACGGCUUUAUUUAAUGAUGAACUGAAGAGAAGUCCAUACGUUUGAGAAAGAAUGUAAGGAUUGUGUUUUGAAAGAUGUAGUGAUGAACAUACCCUGAAGGGGGUCAUUAAAUUACUCGUGGUAUUUUCUCAUGCUAUAGUAUCUUCUCAUGCUAUCUCGUCUGGCAGCUGAAUCAACCACACACAAUCUUGUAUCUCAAUUAUUGCUGGACAGUAUCCAUCUGUUUGGUCAACAAAAGUUGUAGUAAACCAAACGGUAACAAUACCAUCCCCUUUUAGAUAUGUGUUGUGCACCCCUUUUGAAUAGAUUUGUUGACCCCUAUAUUGUAGUGCUUUCCCUAGUUAGAGCUAGGGUCCCACGGGGGAACUGGGGUACUUGACCAACAUAUUGCCUUGUUAUUGCCACACUAAAUACAUUUGCCAAUAAAGAAUUUGUCCAGAUGUUUUCGAAGUUAUUGUUUUGGUAUCUUUUUGCAAGAAGAAAGUUCUUUUUUUUUGUUUUGUUUUUUUCAGGCUUUUCUCCAUACCAACAAUUUAAAGAACAGACUUGUGUUCUUGGGAGAACAAACGUGUGUUCUUGGGGAGAACAAACUUGUGUUCUUGCGGAGAACAGACUUGUACUGUCAGGAGCCAGCAGAGGGCUGUCCGCAGCAACACCCUGGGACUUAACAACAAAACAAGUGAGGCUCAGCUAAUUCCUCCUCAGCGUUACACCUAUAAUGGUAAAGAGCAAAGGAACCCACAGUUAGACAAUUAGAAAAAAUGUGUUUUGGGCUGAAAUUGGUAGGAAGGAUGGGGCCGUGUUACGACCCACUGCAACUUUGUGGUACUGUU